AUGACCGCCAAGAGCGGAGCCGACGAGUUCAUGGAGGGGCCUCUUGCCCUCUGGAUCAAGACGUUCCAGGAUGAUGACUAUCCAGAGGUCACGUACAGUGACCUUGUGGACGGUCUGUUCAUGCAAGAUGUCAUGCUACAAAUCCACCCGGAUGUGCCGCACCGGGGCAUGACUCGGAACCCGGGCGACAGCUGCGCGCGUAUCAGAAACCUCUCCAUCGUGCUGAAGAACAUCAAACACUUCUAUGAGUGCAGCUGCAAACAGAAGGUGGUGGACAACAUCAAACUGAUGGACUACCAGACGCAGCACGCUAUCGUCGAGUGCAUCCAGCAGGUGACGGACAACCCGGAGACGGUGUGGACGCAGGAGUGGGGCGAUCAGCAGGCGUCCAGUGGGGACGACCCGCACCUUCAGCUGCUGGUGCGCCACGUGGUGCUGGGCCAGACGGUGGUGACGCGGCUGCCGGACUGCAGCUGCAAACAGAAGGUGGUGGACAACAUCAAACUGAUGGACUACCAGACGCAGCACGCUAUCGUCGAGUGCAUCCAGCAGGUGACGGACAACCCGGAGACGGUGUGGACGCAGGAGUGGAGCGAUCAGCAAGCAUCCAGUGGGGACGACCCGCACCUUCAGCUGCUGGUGCGCCACGUGCGCCGACUGGUGAAGGAGCGUGACGACCUCAGCAUGGCCGGCAGCCACCACCUGCAGGUCGAGCUGGCCGACUGCAAGGCUCGCCUGCGCAAGGUCAAGCAGGAACUGGAGGAGAAGACGGAGCAGUUGCUGGAGCUGCGGGAGGAGCUGGAGACCAACAAGCAGACGCUGAGCAAGUUGCGGGCUGAGAACCUGGAGCUGGUGCAGGACGCCCGUGCCGCCAAAGCCUACAGAGAUGAGCUGGACAUCGUGCAGGAGCGCGCCAACAAGGUGGACAAGCUGGAAGCCGAGCUGCAGCGUUACCGCGACAAGAUGAACGACAUUGAGUUCUUCCGUUCACGCGUCGACGAACUCCGCGAGGACAACAGGAUCCUCGUGGAGACCAAGGAGAUGCUGGAGGAGCAGCUGGAGACGGCCAGGAAGCGAAGCGAGCAGAUCGUGGACCUGGAGACGUCCGUGUUGAAGUACAAGCAGCAGAUCAAUGACCUCAGUAUGGAGCGGGACAUGGACCGGGACCGGAUUCAGGAGCUGCUGGAGGAGAACGCCCGGCUCCAGCUGAGCAGCCGCAACACGCUCAACGAGUCGGCCUCGCUGGUGGCGGAGCUGGACACGCUGAGGUCGCACCAGAAGGAUGGCUCCUCCGGCCACAGCAGCCUCUCGGACCAGCUCAGCACCGACGCGCACGGCCGGGCGCUGCGCCUGGAGCUGGAGAACCAGCGCCUGGUCGGUCUGGUCGAGUCGCUGAAGGAGGCCAACGCCCGGCAGAGCAACGAGCGCAUCCUUGAGCUGGAGAAGGAGAACAAGCGGCUCAGCCUCAAGGUCGGUGGACACCGCGCGGUGUGA